CCUCAUCAACACCUCUGCGAACCAUUCCUCGACGGAGAAGGCGGAGUCGUCAUGCUACCUGGAAUCGAACCCUUAAACCCCCUCCCCCUCCUUCCGGCCCAGAAGCUCACCCUCGGCUGCCCCGUCCUCGACCGGCUCCUCCGCGGCGGCCUCCCCGUCGGUUCCGUCACCGAGAUCGCCGGCGAGAGUGCCGCCGGCAAGACCCAACUCUGCCUCCAGCUCCUCCUCGCAGCCCUCCUCCCCCCCUCCCGCGGCGGCCUCUCCGCCGCCUCCCUCUUCAUCCACUCCGAGUUCCCGUUCCCGAUUCGCCGCCUCCACGCCCUCUCCUCGUCGUCCUCGGCCGCCGACCCUCUCGACCACAUCUUCGUCGCCGCCGCCCACUCCCCCGACGACCUCCUCUCCCUCCUCGCCGCCGUCGACGGCCUUCUCGCUCGUCCCCCCACCCACCUCCCCGUCAGGCUCAUCGUGGUCGACUCCAUCGCUGCCCUCUUCCGCUCCGACUUCGAUAACAACCCCAAAGACCUAAAGAAGCGAUCUUUCCUGUUCUUCAAGAUCGCAGCCAAGCUCAAGGAGCAAGCAAGGCGAUUCGGGUCGGUGGUGGUCGUGACCAACCAGGUCGUCGACGUCGUCGGCUCCGAGGAAGGAGCCAAUGGGCAGAGGGUGGGGAAUUACGCUUCUCUGUGGUCUUCGGGGAGGCGGGUUUGCCCGGCUUUAGGGCUCUCUUGGGCGAAUUGCGUAAAUACUAGACUCUUCUUGUCGAGGAAGGACGACGUUGCGGACGACGCUGGCUCAUCGAGAACUAGGAGGUGGAUGCAGGUUGUGUUUGCGCCACACUUGCCCGAGGCUUCUUGCGAGUUUGUGAUCGUCAGAGAAGGGGUGUCUGGUAUCGAGCCGCAAAGCCGUGACCUCUGUGUCGACGCGGCUGGUUCAGGGCUCCAAAUGGCUGGGAUCAGACGUGGCUUCCUCGGGGGUGCUGUGGUGACUGAUGUGGGGGAUUUGACUGGAAAGUUCCACGGCGUCAAGUGGGUUCGGCGGCGGUCGAGUACCUGCACACAGGUCGGGUCGGUGGUUCGGCCCGACCCCUCCGACGAUCAAGUCAGUGAUGGUGGAGAGGAGUUUUUGAGUGAGAUCGUCCCCCUCCUGUUGGGAGCCAGAGGGUAUUUAUAAGUGGGUUUGAUGUUACCUGAUGUGCCAUUCUGCCGGGGCAGGGUCGUACCUCUGAUGGCGUUUGUCGUCGUGGUCGUUGCGUGGAAGGCCGAGCUGCCGCAGGGUAUGGGGGAUGUCAGUCAGCGCCAUCCCCUGCCUCGGCUGGCUAUGAGGGGUCAGCCGAGGAGGUUGUUUGGGUAUGGCGGGUGUGGGUGCACGUCGUGUCAUUGUUAA